GUCCACGCGUAAACAAAACCAACGUGUGCUUGUGUCUCCCAUUUGUUGCGCUCUCAGGGGUGUUUUAUACGAUUAGUUAGGGCAUUUCUUGUCCGCUCAAUCUACUAUUCUGCCUUCAGAAUUCAUGCAAGUGAUUGUAAAGUGGAACAGUGAGGUAUUUUAUUGGUAAAACGUUACCGGCAUAACACACAUAGGGCCUGUUGCAGUGACCACCAUGUCCAGACUCCUCCACUAUGGCUCACGCCUGGCAGCACUGGGGGCUGCUGCAGGCACUGGUUGGUGGUUUGGCUUCACCUCCCGUGAGUUGGAUGGAUUGCCAGAAGGAUUAUUUAGUGGAGUGUUUGGGAAAGUUUCAGCAGCAGCCCUGCAGGGAUACAGCAUGCAGGCCCCAGCAGAACUUGCUCCUCUGAAUCCUGAUGUCCCCAGGGUGACUGAGAUAAUGCAGUAUGGCUUCCCUUCCCUGAACAAUGUGCGGGCAAGAGCUGACUAUGUAAUAUCAUAUGAUGCAAGGAAUCGGGUUCCCUACUGGGUGUGUGAACAUCUUACUGCAGACCGUCUUGCCAAGAAUCCAGAUGUGGACAGAUCAAAGUGUGACUUCCAUGAAGAUCCCUCCAUACAUGAGUAUUUCAGAUCUGAAAACCAGGAUUACAAAGGCAGUGGCUUUGAUAGAGGACACAUGGCAGCAGCAGGCAAUCACAAGCUCUCUCAAUUUGACUGUAACCAGACCUUCCUUCUGUCCAACAUGGCUCCCCAGGUAGGAAAAGGUUUCAACCGAGAUAAGUGGAAUGAGUUGGAAUCGUACUGCAGGAAGCUGACCCGGAGUUAUGCCAGUGUGUAUGUGUGCACCGGUCCACUUUAUCUGCCCAGACAAGAGGAGGAUGGGAAACUUUACGUCAAAUACCAAGUCUUGGGACCAAACCAUGUGGCAGUCCCAACACACUUCUUUAAGGUUGUGGUGUGUGAGACUCAGUCAGGGGAUUUUGAACUGGAGUCAUACUUGCUGCCUAAUGCUGCGAUAGAGGACAGCACGCCACUCACCACCUUCCUUGUUCCCGAGGAGGUGAUAGAGCGGGCGUCAGGUCUCCUCUUCUUUGACAAAUUAAGCAAGAAGAGCUUCAAGAAGAUCAAUGGCAAGAAGGUGGGCUGGUUUUAAAGGGGAUGCUCUUCUAUUUACAUGCAAAUUUUUUUCUUUUUCUUUUCUUCUUCCUUUAAUCUGACACAAUUCCAAGAAAGUCAAAAACAUCUUGUCAAGUGUAACAAAAGUGUGAUACAUGUUUCAUGAGCUGUAGCAUUAUAGGUUUAUUGUGUGUAUAUAUUUAAUAAUUUAAAUGUAUUUAUAUCUGAAAUGGGAAAUUGUAUGAAGAAUAAAAGUGUCUUCAAUGAUGCUAACUUUGAAAUUUCUGGAAGUGGCUCAUGUGCAAGUUUCCUUUCUUAAUGUAUGAUUGGAAGCUGUGAUCAGUGACAAGUACAACUGUGUAGUACAGUUUGCAGUGAUGAGCAAUGAUAAAUUUUAUCCUUUAAAUUAAAAGUUGGUUCCAUUUUCACAGUUUUUCAACAAAUUUAUCUUUAGACAAGGAAUAUGCUAUUUCCUUAAAUUUGGCAUAUCUUGGUCAGAGAGAGAGAGAGAGAGAGAGAGAGAGAGAGAGAGAGAGAGAGAGAGAGAGAGAGAGAGACUUGUACUUUAUUAGGGUCCUUGUAAUUAGAAUUCUGUACUGUACAUAUGAUUUAUAAUGGUCCAUUAAGCCCUCUGUGAAUUUUUUGUGCUAAACUGUACAUUGUAUAAGUAGAUGUAGCUUUUUUAAAUGCCAGAUAUUAAUGUAUCUUCAAGAAAUACAGAAAUGAUGAAUUAUAUCCAGCAUAGUAAUAUACCCACAGUACUACCUGACAUUGCAUAACAGCAAAGAGAAGACUGGUAAUAGACUAGGAAAAGUGAGAGUUUAGGUCAAUUUUCAGUAUAUAUCCUUGCUAAAAGUAAUAAAGGUUAUGUCAGUCAGGUGUUCAUCACUGUGUGGCAGUUAGGUAGUCCUGUGUGCUAAGUUCUGUGUACUUUGAACUUUAUGAUUUACUUAUGUGCUCAUGUUGUGUACUUCACCAACUUAUUGUAUGUCUACAUUUUUUUUUUUAAUUUUCACUUAUCUAUUUAUAAUGAAGCUUUAUCUCUCUCUCUCUCUCUCUCUCUCUCUCUCUCUCUCUCUCUCUCUCUCUCUCUCUCUCUCUCUCUCUCUCUCUCUCUCUCAGUACGUAUAUAUGUGAAAGUAUGUAAUAUUAAUGUACAUAUUCUAAGAAGUGAAUAAUUUACACACUGGAAUUGCCCUUGUGUGGCUAAUAAAUGUUGUUGCAAAUAUA